AUGUCAUCAUCAGGAAUCCAAACUCUUUUGAAAGCGGAAAAAGAAGCCCAGGAAAUUGUUUCUGCUGCUAGAUCUUACCGUGCCCAACGUUUGAAGUCAGCCAAGUCAGAUGCUACUCAGGAAAUUGAGGCCUACAAAUUACAAAAGGACCAAGAAUUGAAGGAUUUUGAAGCCAAGUAUGAUGGAAUAAAUGCCAACGCCGACACUGAGGCUGCCAAUACUGUCAAGGAAGAAGUUGAAAAGCUUAAAAAGACUGCUGAAUCGAAACAAAAGGACGUUGUUGCCUUGCUUGUCGAUGCAAUCACCCACCCAACCCCAGAAGUCCACAUCAAUGCCCAGGUUUAA